UCCACCCCUCGCCUCGGAGCGUGUGGUUCCCGUCGCUCCUGUUGCUGUGUUCCUGAGACUGAGAGUGGUAGUAGAAAACAACAGCUGGGCCGAUAGAUCAGACGGCUUUGAGGCAUUUCUUAAUUGUCAGACUAUUACAGAAGCCUCCUUUAAACGUGUGAGACUCUAUAUGGACAACCCGAUCAUUAAAAAGAGCUCCAGCUGCUUUUUAUCAAAACUCAAAUUGAUUUGGGGAUCCGGUCCCGAGGAAAGCUGCUCCUGACAGGUGCGCAGAGAGGAUGGGCAGACGUGAGGCGGACAGCAGAGACGCAAUGAACACUAGCGGACGCUCCGAGCUGGGCUGCCUGCAGGACGCGGCGUCCAGCAGCCAGCAUGGCGGCGAGCAGUCACCGAGAAUGGACAGCCGCCGUGCCUGCAACGCGGAGAAGCGACAGAGAAACAUGAAAGUAGGCGUGGAGGCGCUGGGCCAGGCAUCCACAGCCACAGCGUCCAUUGAAGUAAAAAAGCAUCAGCACAAGCACAACUUAAAGCACCGUUAUGAGGUGAUGGAGACGCUGGGGAAAGGCACCUACGGCAAAGUGAAGAAAGCGGUGGAGAGAGCGAGCCUGAAGACGGUGGCGAUCAAGUCAAUCCGCAAGGAGCGCAUCACCGACGACCUGGACAGAAUUCACAUCCAGAGAGAGAUUGAGAUCACAUCUUCACUCAGUCACCCCAACAUCAUACGCUUCCAUGAGGUGUUUGAGAGCCGGGAUAAGAUUGUGAUUGUGAUGGAGUACGCCAGCAGAGGAGAGCUAUAUGAUUACAUACAGGAGAGGAGGCGACUGCCAGAAACAGAAACCCGCAGCAUCUUCAGACAGAUUACAUCUGCUGUCCACUACUGCCAUAAGAACGGGGUUGUGCAUCGAGACCUCAAGCUGGAGAACAUUCUUUUGGACCAAGAUUUGAAUGUAAAGCUGGCUGAUUUUGGCCUCUCAAAUAAUUUCCACAAGGGCACACUGCUGCAAACCUACUGUGGAAGUCCGCUCUACGCUGCCCCAGAGAUCGUGAAAGGGCUCCCAUACCAGGGACCAGAGGUGGACUGCUGGGCACUGGGGGUGCUGCUGUAUGCCCUUGUUUACAGCAGCAUGCCAUUCGAUGGUGCCAGUCACACAAAACUCACAGAGCAGAUCAGCCAAGGUCGCUAUCGCAGAUCCAACCCCCCCUCUGACGCCUGUGCUCUCAUCGGCUGGUUGCUGACAGUGCGUGUGGAUGAGAGAGCCACGAUAGAGGACGUGGCUAACCACUGGUGGGUGAACUGGGGAUAUGAAGAGAGUGUGUGUGACUGCCCUUCAUUUCCACACCAAGAGUGCCCCUCCCCGCUGCUGGCUCGCUACAUCGACUGGCAGAAUCAGGUUGCUGCUGCUAGCAGUUUGACGGUGGAUGCAGACUGCCUGUCCUCAGACUCUUCCGGUCUUCCUCAACACGCUUCCAACCCCUUUUACUUCAGCUUACCUCUAAAGCACGAAUGUGGGGGAGGUGCAAGGGUGCGCGGUGGAAUAUCGAGUCUUAGGAAGUCUCGCAAGGAGAAUGCGAUUCCCCAGACUGCACAGGGAGCUUGCAGUGACGUUUGUUUAGCAACUGCUUCUUCCGUGGUGAUUUCCUCCAGUUCCACUUUUGAAAGAAAAAAGCCCAAAGGUAUUCUGAAACACCAGAGAAGUUUAGAUUCAGUCUUUCACACCCCUCCCAGGGAUAACUCCCCCUCUCAGCUCUGUAACACUGCACCGCAGCCCUGUCGAACACACAGUCUUACUCAUGCGUAUGUUGACGUCCUAUCAACCAGCCUUCUGUCUCCAACUACAUUCAGUCAGCCGUCGUCCAAAAUGCCCAAGAAAGGGAUACUAAAGAACUUGUAUGGUGGGGAGUCAGGUUAUGGUUCCUCAUCAGACAGAAGGGGCUCAGGUGUAGGAAGUACAGACAGUAAUGCAGGUCAGUCCUGUUCCCAUAAACAACAAACAUGUCUCCCUGGAGUUGAAGACAGUCCCACAAUGCGCACAGAAGCAGUAAGAAGACGUAAGGGUAUUUUGAAACGUAAUGGAAAGUUUUCUCGCAGCCUGGAUCUUCCUGACAACCACCAGUCUUCUCCCUCUCCAACUCCUGCGAUAUUCCCAGAGGCUCUGCAGCAUCUCCUCCAGACUGCAGGGGAUGCUGAGGGCCGUCAUAGCCGCCCCUCUAGUGUUGUGAGCGAGGAUAGCCUCUUCUCCUCCGAUUCCUUUGAUCUGCUGGACCUUAGCUCCCAGUCACGUCGCAAGAUUUUCUCAAGGGGGGUGCGGCACAGCUCAGAGGACGAUUUGGAGCAGCUGAGAGGCGAGGCGGACAGGGUCGUUGGACAACGACAAACAAAAAAGGAAAUGCUGUAAUACGAAGCGUAUUAGAAACUUUAGUGUGCUGAAAAACUGGGUUUAAUUCCAGCUCUUCAGUUCAGUUUUAUGUGAUAAUCAGUGCCUGCGAUCUUGAAAAGACUUCAUGAACUCUAGAAAGGUUGCAUCUCAAGUACACAGACUCUCAUGACCAUUGCACUGCCGAUGUAAAGCACCAUGUCUCAGCAUAUUUGCAGCGAUAAAUUAAAGUGUAGCCUCUGACUGUUUAACUGUGUUCCUCCAAAUGGGACCUGAUUUCCAGCAGUUUGCAGAGACAGGACAGAAUAGUCUGUUUAAUGGACUCGGUCCGACCUCACCUGCACAACAGACUCUCCUUGUAGAUUUUUGCAGAUUGAUGUUGACAACUCUCAAAAUCUUUGUCUGAAGGCUGUCAUCUGCUAACAUGGUAAUCCAUGCAUCUUUGAUUUAUCGACAAUCAUUGUAUGAGUAAGUCAAAAGACUUAAAGAUAUUUCCAUCCACCUGCAUUUUUUGACCAUUUUGGAUAUAAAAUCUGAGGUGUAAGUUCAGAAAAAAAGAAGAAAAAAUACUUUUAAAGUUCAAAAAAAUAUGUGUGUAUUGAUAACAGUGAAAUGUGGCAAAGUGCAAUUGAAACUAGCUUUUUAUACACUAAUCGUGCAUGAAGCAUGUCAGAUAGAAGCAUACAGUAUGUAUGUGAGAACUAAUGGCGAGGAGGAGCAUUCGUUAAAUUAAUAUAUGAAACAAAUGUAAAUAUAAUUUCAUUUUUUCUGCAUUCUUUGGCAGUGCUACUAAUUUUGCUGGUGAUCUUUUGUAAUAUAUAAUUUGCACACUGUUGUUCUGCAGUGGUUGUGAUAACACCCGGCAAUAAAUUUAACAUCAUCAGCUAUUUAUACUCAAGUAUCCACCUUCAUGCAGUCACACAUACAUAUGGAAACAGAUAUGCAUAGAAGUUUGCUUUUAGCUUAAUGAUUUUCUGAAAUGUGUUCAAAUGUGUGCAGUGUUUGGAUGGAAACUAGACUGUAGCAACUUCUGUUAUGAUGAUAAAUUCUGCUCAGUUGACCUUUGGGAUACUUUGUGGCAGCACUUUAUAAACCUUAUAUAAACAUUGCGACAUGGUUAUAGCACACUAAAAUGUAGCAGAUAUCAGGACAUUUUAAGUGUUCAGUAUUAACCUGUAUAAUCUGUCAGCAAUUCUAAUUUCUCAUCUGAGAAUAAAUUGUGUUUUUAUUCAUUAUCUGUUCAUGCAUCAUCCUGCUUAUGUUUAUGCACUGUGGGCUUGCACAAGAGGAGCUAUGGUUGUUAACAGACACUUCACAUUGGUUAAACCCCAUUUGUUAAAUGUUUAUAUUCCGCUUAUCUAAAAUGCUAAGGAAAGUAAUGCCGAUGUCAAUUUUUUUUUUCAAGUAUAUUUAUGCCACACAGUGUUUCACUGUGCACAGUUUGCUUCUUUGCACCAACACACACAGUGUGAAUAGCAGAUAGAUCACAUUGCUUUUUACCGUGACACCACCUGUGCUGCUCUGGAUGUUUAGGUGAUGUAUGCAGUAGAUGUAUACAAUAUUAAAUCUGUGAUUUUCAUACUGUGAGAGGAAAUACAAAGAAUUCUCUUUAACUUUUUUUUUUUUUUUUAUAUAUUUUUGUUUUUCUGGGUAAAAUAAAUUAUUUGAAUCUGAGCAGUUUGCAGUGUCUUUUCUGAUGAAACGAUAAAUAAAAUCAGCAGCAUGUUGUAAGACGUAUUGCAUCUUGACCAACCAUAGAGUUUGUACUCGAAAGCAGGGAUGUUAGUUAGUUAGAUUAUUUGUCUGAGUGUGGAAGACAAAAAGAUGUCUAUUUAGUUACCUUGCUGUCUUCUUCUGUGUUUCUGUCUCCAUAAACUCAGCUCUAGUUGGCCCACAGAUUGUUUUCAUAGUUUUUAAUGGACUUGGUUAUAAAAAGAAGUAGGCACAGUUUCUUUCUUUAAAUGCUCUACAAAAAGGAAACAUUAACUGUGGAAACAGCAGAUUUGAAAAAGCAGGUUUCAUUAAACAGUUAUUCCAAUGUUGUGUUUUGAAAGCCUGUCCAAUGAGUAAACACUUCAUAGAUUGUUGUUUGGAGAUUUUCAUUUUAAGGAUUACAUUUUUCUGUAUGGAUUAAAAAAAUGCCAACAUCUCCAAAACAACAAAACUCACCAGAAGGCCUUGUUUAGAUGUGAAGAAGCCCGGCAUGGUCUUUGAUAAACAUUAUUAUUUUAUACCAUUCACUUGCCUGGUUGUAAAUUUCUUUAAGUCUUCUCCCCAUUUUAGGACACUUUAUAUAAUUUGAAUUGAUUGAUUGGAGAAAAAGUUGGCCAGCAGACGAUGAAAUCCAGAGCAAAGGUCAGAUGGUGACGUUUCACAACACUCCUCAUAUCCCGUCAGUGUCAUGGGGACUAUUUUGUUACAUAAGAACAACCAUUUAACUGUGCUGAGCUAAUGUUUAUGCUGCAUGUGUCACGGUUCUGGGUCCGUUGGACCCAGUAUUUUGAGUUUAUUGUGUUUUGAUUUAAGUUUGCAUCAGGGAUUGUGUUCUUGUUCUCUUGUCGUGUUAUGGUAAUGUUUAUGUCUAUUAUUAGAGUUCCAUGUUCUGUUUAUCUGGGUUUAAGAUGUGGGUUUAGUUUCAUAUGUCAUUUCAAGUCUGUCUCUGUCUAGUCUGUGUCUUAGUAAAGUGUGUUUUGUUUC